CACGUGUAGCGGUGUGUUAAUGAUGGAUUGGCUGGUUUCUCGUAUUUAACAAUAUUCUGGAUUGUUUGACAAGAUACCGUGCAAAGAAAAUGGUUCUGCGAAAAGCUGUGAUCGAACAACAUACAAAAAAUUUAUGCAGAACAUUGAAGAAACUUGGAAAACAAGAGAUUUAUCUAAGUCUAGAUAAAAUUUAUGGCACUGGCAGUCGACGUCAAUAUUACAUCAUGUCGAAUACACGGGACUCAUUUCGAAGAACAGCAUCGUCAUCAGUAAGGCUACUAUGUUCUAACCUGCCAGGAAGUCCAAAAGACUUGCAAGCUUGCCGAUUUGUGCUUCAUCAUUUGACAUUUAGAAACUCUGGUAGUGGUAUACUAGGUGUGACUGGUGAUGUCUUGUCUAACAAUUGGCGCGGCCAUGUGACAACAUCAGCCUGGCCAUGCUAUCACUCUGCAGGUUACAGAACUGUAGGUGGCAGUUGUACAAAAGCAGUGUCCAGUGAUCUCCAGUCCAACUUCUGGCAUGGGCCUGUGACUGCCUCAGCCUGGCCAUGCUAUCACACGGCUGGUUACAGGACAGCUGCUGGCGACAGGACCCCAGCCGGGGGAAGAGACAACACAAAUCUACCCACCAAGGGUCAGAGAUCAAAGACAGAGGACAGAGAGAGAGAUGAUGACUCUGACAAAGGGGACAAAGACAAACCUGCAGAGUCCAGCUCAUCAGGAAGCAUCUUUCAGCGGUUCAAGCAAGCUUACAAAGAACAUGGCAAGAUACUUGUGGGGGUUCACCUGGUCACCUCAUUGGUCUGGUCUGGAUCUUUCUACUACGCUGCUUCAAAAGGGAUAAAUGUGGUGCCCUGGUUGGAGUAUAUAGGCAUUAGUGAGACCAUCAUCAAGCCAUUCCGGUCGCCCAAUGUGGGGAACAUCGCCAUGGCUUACCUUAUGUACAAGCUUGCCACACCUGCCCGUUAUACUGUCACCAUAGGGGGUACCAACAUGGUGAUUCGUUACAUGCGGAGGACUGGACGGCUGGACCCUAUACCAGAAGGAGACUCCAUUAGAGAACUGUACAAAGAGGGAAAGAGAGAAAUACGAAAGAAGCAGCCUCUUGUAAUACCCAAACAACGUGUUAAACAUCAUAAAAAAUUAAAAUAAAUGACAAUAUUCCCAAGUUAUUAGAAAUCAAGUAAAUGUACUUGGGGGUCUUUGUGCUGCUGAAACUGAUUUGGCAUGUCUGUAAAAAGUGUGGAUUUGGUAUGAUAUCAAAAGUGGACAGUGAAAUAUUUUUGAUGUGGCACCUGUUUUGCAUAGUCGUAGUACUCCUAAAAUCCUUGGAAAUAUCUGCUUUGUUACAAGGACAUGAUUCAUAGUCUGUCCCAAUCUGCAUUCAAGACAUAAGUUUGCAGUGUUGUGCACUUCCCAAAAUGGAUGUGCAGCAAGAAGUGUCAUUGUCAUGGUAACAUGUCAGCAGUUGGUGACUUGUGUUGUUGUUGCAUGAGUCUCUGACAUAUAGGGGUGUUGCAGAAUGUUCAGUGAACUGAGUGACAUUAUGUACACAAACCCAUGAAAAAGUGUUUUUUUCACAGCAUGUUUGUAUGAAAAUUGAAACAAUAUGAUUCUUAAAUGUGACUAUAAGUCUGCGUAAACAGUGGGUAAUGGGAAAAUGGAAAAUUAUACGUUGCUCUGGAUAGGUGAAUAGCAUAACCCAGAAUUGUCUGGUGCUGAGGUUUUGAGGUGUUGAGAUACUGAAGUAUCAAAGUGCUAAGGUGCAUAGAUUUUAGUGCUAGUUCAAGCCAGAAGUGUGAAACAAUACAAUGUAGCCAUGUCUGCCAGCAGUUGUUUUGAGGUCAGAAUCAGGCACAGUAACCUUCUUGACCUCAGAAAACUUAUCACACAUGGAAAAUAUGGCCAAACAUUAUUGACUGGCUCCUGAUUUUAUACCUGUCUUUUGUUGUUGAAUGAGAGCAUCAGUUAAAGAACCAGCCUGCUCUUCACAGGUAGCAGACGGAAUGUUUAAGACUGGAUGAAUGAAGCCUUUCCAAACACAAGUGCCAUGGCAAACAAGUUAUAAUGCCUAAUUCCAUUUAACCAGUGUAGAAGAUGAAGUGUUCUGAGAAACAAAAAUCUUCACUAUCUCUGGGCUAGUUUCACACUUACACCAUGUCUUUGUUAUGUUUGUUCAGAGAGUAUUUGUGGCUUUGAUCAGUGGAUUAUGUAUAACCCAGUGUGUAUACAGGUGUGUUAUUGAUUAUUCUGUGAUUAAUUUUUAAUAAUACCAGGUAAGAUGGUACGAUUUUAUCCCCCAGGUUUUGUGACUUGUGAUAAGUGCACUUGUGCAUCACUGUAAAUAAAUGAGAAUAAAUUAAGCUUAUUGAAGUGCUGCAGUGGAACAUAAUAUGUAUUGUGUGCUGGGCUGUCAAAAUUGAGACCUAUACUACCAGCACCCAAACUUUCACCUCCUGCAUUAUAGGCAUUUAAAUCAACCAUGGUUUUUCUUCCUAGGUUGACCUGUUUGAGAGGUGUAUUUGUGGAGGCCGGGGAUUUUCUGAUGUAAACUGACAAAUGAAUGACUAUAUAACAAUAUGCAUAUUCGUGUGUGGAUUGACUUAAAUACAUUUGCUAAAGACAAUUGGAUUUGAAAUCAUUAUUCAUUUAUAUUUUCCGGAAUUCAUUCCUGUGUAUGAGAGCGAUCAUCCAGUUUGGUAGUCAGCAUAACGUAUCACCCACAGUAGGCUGCCCGAUUAUCUGAAGUGCUAAAUCUCUCUAGCAAAUCUGGCGAACACACAGUCGUAU